AUGACGACGUAUGAAAAGAUUGUCAAGGGCGCUACGAAGCUCAAAGUUGCAGCGCCGAAGUCGAAAUACAUUGAGCCGAUUUUAAUGGCAACUUCGUCGGAUCACUCAAUUAUCUCGAACGACAACUUCAACACGAUCAUGAGGACUUUGCAAACGAGAUUAAAGGACAGCGCGUGGUCGGUUGUUUACAAGUCUCUCAUUGUUAUCCAUUUGAUGAUUAGAGAAGGCGAUAAAGAUGUGGUUUUGAACUACUUGGCGGACCAAGGAGGCCACUCGAUGUUGAACUUGUCGCUGAGUAACAUCUCGCACCAUGGCAGUGGCGGCUCGGGAAAUGACGUUCGCUUUAUUUUGAAGUACGCCAAGUAUCUCCACGUCAAAGUGAAGCAGUUUGACCACACGGGGAUCGAUUAUGUCCGCGAUGAAAGAUCGAAUAACAGUACUAGUCAGCAAGGGGGCAGAUUGAGGUUCUUGACAAUCGACAAGGGUCUAUUGAGAGAAAGCGAAAGUGUUCAAAAGCAAAUUGACUCGUUGUUAAAGAACAAUUUCAUGGAGAAUGAAAUCAAUAAUGAAAUUGUCUUGACUGCAUUCAGACUACUUGUUAAUGACUUGUUGUCGCUUUUUCAGGAAUUGAACGAAGGCGUUAUCAACAUCUUGGAACAUUAUUUUGAAAUGUCAAAGUACGAUGCAGAAAGAUCACUCAAGAUUUAUAGGAAAUUUGUUGAUCAAACAAAGUUUGUUAUUGACUACUUGAGGGUUGCCAAGCAUCUUGAGCAUACAACGAAACUACAUGUCCCCACUAUAAAACAUGCGCCAACUGCAUUGACAAGUUCGUUAGAGGAAUACUUGGAUGAUCCCAAUUUUGAAAUUAAUAGAAGACAAUAUUUAGCGGAAAAGGAGAGCAAAAAGAAUGGCAACAUUGACAAAAAGCAACUGACACUGCAGCAGGCACUGCAGCAGCCGAAUCUUGCAGCCCAGGCCUCAAACGGCAAUGCAAGUCAGGCUCAAUCAAAUGCUGAUCGGGAGUCACUAUUGGUGCAACAAACUUAUAAUCCAUGGAAUAAUAUGUUUGUCCCUGGACAUGCUCAAAACUAUGUUAAAAGUGAUCCAUUUGCGUUGCAACAACAGCAACAGCAGCAGCAAGCUUUUCAACAGCAACAGCAGCAACAGCUUUUAUUACAACAACAACAACAAGAGGAGGCUCAACGGCAGGCCCAACUUCAAGCUCAACAACAGGCACAGUUACAGGCACAACAACAAGCACAACAACAAGCACAACAACAAGCACAACAACAAGCACAACAACAAGCACAGAUGCAAGCACAACAAACAGGAGGCCUAGGUCCUAUAUUCCAAGGCCAACAAUAUCAACCAUCUUCCUCUGUAGCCACAUCACUGCUGUUUCAACCCUCCCCCUUUCAAUCUGUCCAAACCGGGUAUGGAUUUGGAAAUUAUGGUCCUCAACCAUUGCAACAGCAAACCACUAAUCCAUUUUUACAACACUCUACACCUGCCUCACAACAACAACAACAAGUGCAACCAAGCCAUAAUGCAAUAUCGCAAAAUUUCACUAGUCAACAAACCGGGUUGGCAAGGUCAAACACCAAUCCAUUUUCUAUGCGCACUGGUUCUCAGCUCAUGCAACCAACUCAACAACAACAACAACAACAACAACCAUUACAGCAGCAAUCUACCAAUCCAUUUCUGCGUGCAGCUAAUGGCCAACUGCAUUACACAUUUCAGCUUCCACCGCACGCCGAACAACCACAGCAACAACCACAGCCUCUAGUUCCUCAAUCUACAAACCCAUUUGCGUCAUUUACUACAGGCAACAAUGCCUUCUACCAACAACCGCAGCAUCAACAACCGCAACCGCAACCGCAACAACAAUACACUUUCAAUCCUAAUACUGAUAGUUUGAUAUAA